GAACAUUUACGUGUUUUAACUUGUCUGCUACACGUGCUAGGGCAAGAUGGCUUCCAGUACACAAGAAGCUGAGGCUAUAGAGAGAAAACUUCGACCAGUUUAUGAUGCCCUUGAUAAUGCUCAGCAUAAAAAAGUGAUGCAAAUGGUCGAUAAGAUAUUAAAGAAAUCACCAAAUCUACACUGUGCUAAGGCUCUUAAAGCAAUAGCUCUCCUCAGACUAGGGAGAGGCGAUGAAGGAACUAAACUGAUUAAUAGUGUCAUAGAGUGUCGUCCUGGUGAUAAUGCUACCCUACAAGCAGUCUUCAUGUAUUGCCGGGAGCUUGGAGACUAUAAGAAGAUUGUUGAGUUAUAUGAAUCAGCUGUUAAGAGCUACCCAACUAAUGAAGAGUUUCUCACUCAGCUGUUCAUGGCAUAUGUUAGAGUAGGAGAUUGUGCCAAACAGCAACAAAUUGCUGUUCAGUUAUCAAAACAUUAUCCACAAAAUGGUCCGUACUAUUGCUGGAGAAUCAUGAGCAUAAUGAUGCAGGCUCAUGAAGCUGAUGAUUCUAUUGCUAAACAAAUGUUCCUACCGUUAGCUGAGAGAUUGAUGGAGAAAUACAUUGAAGAGAAGAGAAUUGAAUCUGAAGCAGAAAUCAGGCUGUACAUAUCAGUAUUGCAGUCACUCGAUAAGAAUGAGAAAAUAUUGAGGAUUUUGAAAAAUGAACUUGGUGAAAAGCUACGUCAUCCUGAAGAAGUCUUAAGAUAUGAGCUACAGUGCUUAGAGUCAUUGGGCCAAUGGUCCCAACUGGUCAGUAGAUUAGUACCAGCGAUAAAGGAACAGCCUGACAACUGGGGCCAUCUUAAACUCUACAUCACAUCGCAAGUGCACAGAUUAAAGACAGAGAACGAGGCUUUAAAUGACACUGAGGUGGAGUCAGAAAAGGGGGAGGGACAGGGGGUGGAGUCUCCCUUGGAUGAGAUGGUCUCGGUUUUGAAUGAACUUGUUUCGGCUGAGGAUGAGAAAAAGUCUAAACGAUUGAGAGGCCCUUAUUUGUCAGUGCUGGAAGCUGUCAGGCAGUUGAAGGAAGCAGCAAUGCCUUUUGAUAAAUUUCCUGAUCUAGCUACUCUGCUUGAACAAUACUUUAAAUUAUUUUCGUCUAAAAGCUGCUGUUUUGAUGAUACGAGUACAUACACUUCUCUACUCUCCAGUGAGGAACUAAGAGAGCUAUUACUGAAGUUGGAGGCGUGGUGUAAUGCUGACUUGACUAAUUUCACUUGUGAGGAUGAAGAUAUUUCUGCUAAUGUAUCGAAAUUAUAUCGUGACAUAUCUUUAUUCAAACUGCAAAGAUUUUCUGGCCACCAUUCCUCCCUCUCCCUCUCCGAGAAGAGAUCUCUAGUCAAGAAGUGCUAUCAGUUAUUUGAGGCCGGCCUUCGUUUUGGUCUCUCCCUCUCAGCUACCGUCAGCCAGCACUCUGACUCUUAUGUCAUCAUUGGGGCUCACCUCAUGCUACAGAUAUUCAAUGAAACUGGUGAUUAUGCUGACCUCUGGGAGUGUGUCUUAAUGCUAAAAGCAGCUAACCAGCAGUCAAGCUCUAAUCCACAGAUACUAUUGCUAUUAAUGAAGCUCUAUGGCUGGCUAGGAGCUAUUGAUCAAUGCACACAAUCUUACAACAGACUCUCCAUUAAAUACAUUCAGGUUGACUCUAUUGGCUACACUGCUCACAGGUUCAUUAGUUCACUUGGUGCGUUUGGGUUUGCUGGUCAAAUGUAUCGCACUGCAAUCCGUUUCUACGUUAACUGUAGUAAAGAGACUUCAGAUUAUAUUACUAAUUCUUAUAAAAAUGGAGUUUUUCAUAGAGUUAUUGAAAUUACAAAGCUUAAGGAUCGUUUCUCUCGUUCACAUGAGUUUUAUAUACUAGGAGUUGAAUCAAUGCUUUACGAGUACCUCAAGAGUGUAUCCAGCAUGGAGUCAGCUAGAGGUUUCCUCCUGGGAGAGAAGUAUACUGAGAGCUUGCCAUUCACUGUUGAGAAUUUAGAUGUCCUCUGUGAUGGACUGAGAGAUAACAGAGACAUGACAGUGUAUGAUGAUUGGUCUCCUCUUCAAGAUCAUUUGACGAAACGUGAGAUUGAACUCUCAUUUCAAGUAGAGGUUUUUUGGAUUAAAAUUAGACUAGCAAUGAUGACAUUACUGAAAGACAUGCUGGGUGGAGUGACCACGCCCUCUCUACCCGACCAGUUGAAGGGUGUUCUUAGUUUAUUGGAACAAGUGGAAGCUCAUGAAGGAGUCGAGUUUUUUAGGCAAAGAAAAACCUCACUUGUUAAUAUUCGAUCCCCUCCCACUUCACAAUUAAUUCCAUUCAUCACAACUGGUCACAGUUUGAUUUUAUUGAAUUUCAUCAAAAUAGGAAUGAGUGUUUUGGCCACUCCCACAGGAUCCCCUCCCCCUUCAUUAUCUGAAGAAUGUUCAUCAAUACAGGCAAUACUGAAAGAUCUGAGAGAUAUGAUACAGGGACUUCCUUCUGACACUGAUGCUACUACUUUCUCUUCUCCUGAAGUAUUACUCACAUGGAAGCUCGAUUUUGAUCAGAUUGUGUUGUUAAUACUCACAGCCAGUUGGGUCACUCUCAUCACUGGGAUGUGCCUUGAGUAUAUUACACCUAAAAAAUCAGCCAAAAAGAAAAAGAAGAAAGGAGGAGGAGGAGGAGGAGGAGGAGCUACUGCAGGGUCUAAUGGAGAGAGCAAUAAAGCUACUAUCUCAUUGCUAGAGUUAUUAGAAGAUCUUAAAUCAUCAUUACUGAGUAUUGCCAAGCGUUUUACUCCCAUCACUGAAUCAGAGACAUUGGCUGGAGCACUCGCGAAGCUAAACGUUAAAGAUGAUCCUAAAGUUGGUGAAAACGAUUUGGGGAUUGAUCAAGAAACCUAUGCUAGGGUGAGGACUUCAAUGACACAUGAAGUGAUUGAAAGUUACAAUUAUUCAUUUGGUGAUAUUCAAGAGAUGGUUGGCCUGAGGGUCAGCUUUAUUAAAACACUAAUCAGUUCUUAUUCUGUUAAUUCUCACCCUCUGCCUCAAUCAGCUUCAUCUGACUAAUUAUCAUUAUCUUUGUUUUGUUGUUAUUGCUGUGAAAAAUUCUAUCUGUUUUAUGAUAACGUAAAAUUUAAAAUCUCAUUAUUAUUAUUAUUAUUAUUAUUAUUAUUAUUAUUAUUGUUAUUGUUAUUAUUUGUUGUUAUUAUGAUCGUGUGCAACAAUUAUUAUUGAAAAUAAACUUAAUUCUUAUUGAGUUCAAUUUUCUAACAGCUACUAA